AUAUCCUCAUGAGCCCCUUUUUUUCUCAUUUUAUUCCCUUCAUUCCUCGUUCUUCUUCACUGCUAUUAACCACCAAAUAUUUUGGGCCUAUGGAUCUCCAUGCCCUUCUCAUUUCUAUCACCCCUUUCGUUUAAUUUAAAUAAAUCAGGUGUGUUUGAUUUUGAGUAUGUUGUUUGAGAGUUUUAUGAUGAUUUGUGGAGUGACUAGGUUGGUUUGAUUUGUAGGGUUGGCUAAUGUUUGAUGUGAAUGUCUAAAUGAGCUGAAGAUGUUUUGGGUACAUUAGAUUUGAAUUAUGUUUAACAAGAUAAUUAAACGGGGGCAAAAGAAGGGUUCGAAGCAAGAAGUUAUUGAACCGCCGAAUACUAAUCCAGAUGCUACACCAUCAGUUACUGUGAACCAUGCGUCUCGAGCUUCCACUGGGUCGCCAUCUGUCACACAGCAAAUAACUGUGCCCAACUCGGGUGUGGUUGAGGUUUUACCUGGGUUGAAAGAUGUCCCGGUAGCAGAUCGUCAUGUUUUGUUUAUUAAGAAGCUGCAGCUUUGUUGUGUGGGUUUUGAUUUCUCGGAAGCGAUGAAGAAUGCGCGUGAAAAGGAGAUUAAGAGGCAAACACUGUCAGAGCUUGUUGAUUUGGUGCAAUCUGGUUCAUGGAAGAUGAAUGAGAUUAUACAGGAGGAGAUGAUUAAGAUGAUCUCGGUUAAUCUUUUCCGGUGUUUGCCCCCAUCGUCUCAUGAGAAUACAGGCAGUACAGGUGGAGACGGAGAUGAAGAUGACAUGUACUUGGAGCCAUCUUGGCCUCACUUGCAGAUAGUGUAUGAGUUACUUCUGAGAUAUGUGGUUUCAUCAGAUACAGAUACUAAGGUUGCAAAGCGAUAUUUGGAUCAUUCAUUUGUGUUGAAGUUACUUGAUUUAUUUGAUUCAGAGGAUCCAAGAGAGCGGGAGUACCUAAAAACGGUCCUUCAUCGUGUUUAUGGAAAGUUCAUGGUUCAUCGCCCUUGUAUAAGGAAAGCAAUAAAUAAUAUCUUUUAUCGAUUUAUAUUUGAAACAGAGAGGCACAGCGGGAUUGGUGAGUUGUUGGAGAUUCUUGGUAGCAUAAUAAAUGGUUUUGCGCUUCCAAUGAAAGAAGAACAUAAGUUGUUCCUUGUCCGAGCUCUUAUUCCUCUCCACAAGCCUAAAUCGGUCUCUACAUAUCAUCAACAGCUGUCUUAUUGCAUCAUCCAGUUUGUUGAGAAAGAUUUCAAGUUGUCUGAUACUGUUAUCCGUGGGAUAUUGAGAUACUGGCCAGUCACUAAUUGUGGGAAAGAGGUUCUUUUCCUCGGGGAACUGGAAGAAGUCUUGGACGUAACACAGUCUUCUGAGUUUCAGCGCUGUAUGGUUCCUCUUUUUAGACAGAUUUCACGCUGCCUCAAUAGCCCACAUUUUCAGGUCGCUGAACGGGCACUCUUCUUGUGGAACAAUGAUCACAUUGUGAGAUUAAUGUCAGAGUACCGGCAAGUUGUCUUGCCAGUUAUCUUUGAGGCAUUAGAGAAGAAUGUUCGUAGUCACUGGAACCAGGCAAUCCAUGGGCUGACUACAAAUGUUCAAAGAAUGUUCCACGAGAUGGAUCCUGAGCUAUUUGAAGAAUGCCAGAAGGAGUAUUAUGAGAAGGAAUCAAGAGCGGCAGAAUUGGAGGAGAAGCGGAAGUUGACAUGGCAGAGACUGGAAAUGGUUGCUGCAAAGGGCGGGGGAGAUGACAUGGUAAUGGUCAACUGACAAUCAGAGGAUUCGGUACAUUCCUUCUACUGCAUCUGCUAUCAAGAUAUAAUAUAAUAAGUAGUUCUUACAGAUUAGCAGCAAUGGUGAUUUAUGAACUUGGGCUUUAUCCUCAAAAUGUUUUGUUUCCUUAUUUCAAAUUAAAAAGAAUAGAUAGUGAUUUAUUCUAAUUCUUUUUGCUCUAGUGAAGAUGUGUUGUAUUUUUAUAGAAAUGUCCUUGAUGUAAUAAUAAGAGAAUCAGCGUGUCAUGAUAAGAUGUAUGAAAAACUUGAGCUUCAUUUUGUGAUU